AUGGGCAACUGCAAUUUCCAACCUGAAUUCGAAAAUGAGCAUCUUACUGAACUGAAUGUGGCCGUGACUAAAAAUAACUUUCAAUAUCACUAUGCUAUUGGCAAGGGAGGAUUUGGUAAAGUCUGGAAAGUUGAGAGGAAAAAAGAUAAGUAAUUGUUUGCAAUGAAGGAGAUGUCUAAAGCAAGAGUUUUAACUAAAAGAAGUGUCAAUUCAGUCCUCAACGAAAGAAAAAUAUUAUCAUAGUUGAAACAUAAGUAAUUUCAUCCUUUAACUAAUGUUAUGAGUAGUUUCAUUGUAAAUAUGCAGUAUGCUUUUCAAGAUAGAGAGAACCUCUACCUCGUUAUGGAUUUAUUAAACGGAGGGGAUUUGCGUUAUCAUAUUGCGAGAUUCAGAAGAUUUUCAGAAGAGCAAACAAAGUUCUUUAUCGCUUGCAUUCUUGUUUCACUGGAGUAUGUUCACAACAAAAGCAUCUUACACAGAGACAUCAAACCUGAAAAUUUAGUCUUUGAUGAAAAAGGUUAUCUAAGAGUCACAGAUUUCGGAAUAGCGAGGAUUUGGAACCCAGAAAACUCGAAAGAAACAAGCGGAACUCCCGGAUAUAUGGCUCCAGAGGUGAUGUGUCGUUAAAAUCAUGGUGUUGCUGUCGACUACUUCGCAGUUGGUGUAAUAGCCUAUGAAUGCAUGAUGGGGAGACGUCCUUAUGUGGGUAAAUCAAGAAAAGAGAUCAGAGAUCAUAUCUUGGCAAAGCAAGUUUAAAUAAAAAGACAUGAAAUACCACCUGGUUGGAGCAUCGAAGGGGCUGACUUCAUAAAUAAAUUGAUUUAAAGAAAGCCCUAGAAUAGAUUAGGGCUUAACGGUCCGAAUGAAGUUAAAAAUCAUCCUUGGCUAAAGAGCUAUCCAUGGCAAGAUUUAUCAUAAAACUUUUUAAAAGCACCAUUCAUUCCAGCUAAUAAAGAUAACUUUGAUGCUGCUAAUUCUAAUAGUGAAUGGAAAGAUCAAGAUGAGGAGGGAAUGUAGAAGAGUAUGAUAUUGUUGAGAAGGGAUUCAGUUCAGGAACUAUUCAAUGAAUAUUACUAUGACGAGACAUUUGCUGCACUUUAAUCUAAAUACUUUGCAAAUAUAACCUCAACGUCAAGAAACACUGCAGCUGCAGCUACCACUGUAGUUGUUAAAUGA